UUCGCCUGACUGAAACUCACCCCGCGGCGCCUGACAGCUCGAGCGGUCCCCGUCAGUCAUUCAUCCCCUUAUUUCUCUUCUUCUCUCUGUCAGAAUCUACGGAACCGACUCCAGUAUGUUCGAGGAGGCCGGUGAGGUGUUGGAGAACAUGCUGAAGUGCUCGUUUCCACUCAGUUUGCUGCUGUUUUUGGUGCUGAUGUGCCCGCUGCGCGCGGACGCGGCUCACGAAUUCAGUGUGUACCGCAUGCAGCAGUACGACCUGCAGGGACAAAACUACGGUUCCAGAAACGCCAUUUUAAACUCGGAAGCUCGUACGGUGGAGGCCGACGUCCUGAGCCGUCGAUGCGUGAUGAUGCGACUGGUUGAUUUCUCUUUCGAGACGUAUCAGAAAGCCCUCCGACAGUCGGCGGGUGCUGUCGUCAUCAUAUUGCCCCAGAACAUGUCCACUAUGCCUCAGGACAUAGUGCAGCAGUUCAUGGAGCUGGAGCCGGAGCUGCUGGCCACGGAGACGGCCGUGCCGGUGUAUUUUGCCCUCGAGGACGAGGAGCUGCUGUCUAUCUACCAUCAGACGCAGAUCUCGUCCUCUGGGCAGGGGUCUUCAUCAGCGGCAGAAGUGCUGAUUCACACGGCGACGGCCAACGGUUUUCAGAUGGUGACCAGCGGCGCUCAGAGCAAAGCCGUGAGCGAUUGGGCCAUUACCAGUCUGGAGGGACGACUAACAGGAUCCGGGGGAGAAGAACUGCCUUCCAUCGUCCUGGUCGCCCACUAUGACUCUUUUGGAGUGGCUCCGUGGUUGUCAUACGGCGCCGAUUCAAACGGUAGCGGUGUGGCUGUUCUCCUGGAGCUCGCUCGACUAUUCUCCAGACUGUACUCUUACAAGAGAACUCACGCAGGGUACAACCUGCUGUUUUUCUUGUCCGGAGGGGGGAAAUUUAAUUAUCAGGGCACCAAACGCUGGCUGGAGGAUAAUUUAGACCACACAGAUUCCAGUUUACUCCAGGAUAACGUGGCGUUCGUUCUGUGUCUGGACACUUUGGGUAACAGCGAUAACCUUCACCUUCAUGUGUCGAAGCCACCCAAAGAGGGAAGCCCGCAAUACACCUUGCUUACAGAACUGGAGACGGUGAUUGCCAAUCAGCACCCCGACCUGAAGUUCUCUAUGGUCCACAAGAAGAUCAACCUGGCCGACGACACUCUGGCCUGGGAGCACGAGCGAUUCGGCAUCCGUCGUCUGCCGGCCUUCACACUGUCGCACCUCGACAGCCACCGCAGCCCCGAGCGCCACUCCAUCAUGGACAUGCGGUCAGUGUUGCCCUCUCUGGACGGGGCGGGAGAGGCCACCACCGGGCCUCACGUGGAUAUGAGGAAACUAAGUCGUAACACUAAAGCGAUCGCGGAAACUCUGGCGAGGGUGAUAUACAACCUGACGGAGAAGGGUGCCAGUGGAGACCUGGAGAUCUUCACCGAACAGAUGCAGGUACAGGAGGAGCAGCUGACGUCACUGGUGGAUUGGUUGACGGCACAGCCGAGAGCUGCACAGCUUCUGGACAAAGACAGCAGCAUCGUGAACACACUGGAGUAUUACAUGAACCGCUAUCUUAAAGAUGUCAAGCGGCAUCUUGUCAAAGCCGAUAAGAGAGACCCAGAAUUUGUUUUUUAUGAUCAACUGAAGCAGACCAUGAAUGCUUACAGGGUAAAACCAGCCGUCUUCGACCUGCUGCUGGCUCUCUGUAUUGCAUCUUAUCUUGGUGUGCUGUAUUUGGUCAUACAGAAUUUCGGACUUCUGUAUGGUUUCCUGCGCAGAGUUACGGCUCCUCGUGUCAAGCAGCACUAAACCACAGACUAGUCUCCUCCGCGAGUGCCAAGAGUGCUUUUUUUCCUCUCUGUGGACCUUAUUUUCCUUUGAUCGUGAGUGGGAACUAGUCUGCGAGUGACAGAUGCACAGAACAGUAUUGUUGUGUGACUGAAUGUUCAACGAAAACAUUAAAAACCGACUCACGGAUCAUUUGCGAGAAAUUUAACGCUCGACUAACGUUCAUAUCAUGCCUUCUUUUGUGUUUGUAUGUGUUUGAUUUAGCUUUCAAGAUUGAUGUUUGAUUUGAUAAAGAGUUUUUUUAAUCACUAAACCAUCACUAAUGUUCCCAGUCUUCCCAGUUUCACAUUGCCUCGUUCCCACAAUGUCCCGCAUAUCAGAUUCUUAAAGCGUCACGUUUCUUCAGUCAUUUACCAGAUUUGUAAUCAGUGUUUUCUGAAAGCCCUCAUGAGGUUUUCAUCACUGGCAGCUACUUCAAGGUGGGCCAAACCUUUGCUGGUUCGAAGUCGAAGCGUUAGUACGUGGAAAUCUGCCAUUUACGUUUCAUUUUACCUGAUGGCUGGAACGACUUUUGGAACAAUUGUGGUCUGCACCCAGAUUCUUUUGGAGAUAAUUUUGUUCAUUCAUGUUAUUUUACGUAACUAUGAUUUCUGUAAGAUUUUACCAUAUAUCAGGAAGCUAUAUGGUACAACUUUGUCUAUUAUUUAUGGAAGCGACUGCGCUUCAACGUGCACUGAUUUAAAAUCUUUUCUCACAGAUUUAACUUCACAAACCAGGGGUACAAACUUGAUUCUAAGAGAGGACAAAGUAAAUAAAGGCAUUUGUUGAAAUAAA